AGAUGGCAGUAGCACUCAAAGUAACAGUGAAAGUGACAGAUGGAAUCAUCUCUUUGGAAAAUCCAACGCAAUGGCGACGACUUGACUCGUAACUACUUCCCUAACUCAACUCACAGGAAACCCCCAUUUCCCAAAUCCCACAAAUUUGCAUCAAUUUCAGUUCAGUUUUUGCUCACUCAACCCACUUCCUUCCUGGUAGGUUAUUUUUUUUUUCUCACUCACAUGUGUAUCUGCUAUCCAUUAAGUAAUUGAAUUUCAACCAUCAUUUCAGAAGUUUAUAAUUUUUUCUGGGUAAUCUCAAAGUUUCAAUUUUUUGUUUCCACCAUUGAGUUAUAGCUGGGUUGAUUGAUCUAUUGUUAUCUCACUAUGUCGGUACCUGGUACCAUUGAUUCAAACUCAAAUUCAAGCUUGUUUCUUUCUCUGCCUGAUGAUGUGUUUGCCAUGGUGUCACGCUUCCUCUUGCCCAGAGAUGUGUGUAGUCUCAGCUUAUGCUGCAGGAGCCUCUAUGCUCUUGCAGCCUGUGAGAAAGUGUGGCUUACACAGUGUGACAGGGUGGGGAUAGUUCCCCAUAAAGACCUUGUUGACUGGAGAACCGGUGUCUCAUCAUACAAGGCGAUUUGCCGUUUUCUUCUCAAUAUUAAACCCUUGAUUGGGAUAUGGGUUCAUCAGAAUCCUGAGCUUGGGAACCUUGUCUAUGUCAUGCCUGGUUUCGUAUCGGUUGUUGGGUGUAGGAUAAUCCCUCAGGAGCUUGGUCCAAUGGGGAUUCAUGAUGGUCCAAUCCUAUGGGCUCCUGUGUUUGAAAUUAUUGGUGAUUUUGAUGGUUCACCAACAUUUUUUCUUCAUGGGAGGGAGAAGGGGUUGGACUAUAUUUGUCAUGGAUCAUUCAAGUCCAUAAACAAAUCUUGCAAUGUACUAUUGCUUGAGGUUGAACCAAGGGAAAAAUGUAUAAGAAACAAGGAAAAUUCUAGGUUACAAGGAGUGGUUGGAAAUAAUAAUAAGGCAAUGGUUCCCUUCGGCAGGUUGUCUCUAAGUGAUAGGAAAAAGUUGCUUGAGUUCACUACUAGGCAUGUUCGGCAAGAGGUUCCUCAUAUGGCAAUGGGACCCUUGUUUCCAAGGUUAAGGGAUGGCUAUGAGAAUUUCCAGAAAGAAUUGGUGCUGUUGAGGGGAAGAAGGGCACUCCUUAGUCAAAUGUACAGGCUCGAUCAUAGUCAAGUUGAUAACAUAGAAAAUUCUGAGGAGGCUGUUGGUCCUAAGCAAUCAGAACAAGAUGACAGAAGAAAGAGUAUCGAGUGUUCAAGGGCUUUAACUAUUCUUCUGGAUGGGGAGGGCAGUGAUACACAAUAUAACAAGAGAAAAAAUGGUGUAAAAUUCUGGGGUAGCCUUAAACAGAUGCUAGGAGGGUCUAGCUCAAACAACGGCCGUCAUGAGAAGAAGCAUGUGCGGCUUGAAGAAUUUCUUGGAUCAAAUGAUACAAUAAUGCUGACAUUAAAGGCCUCAACUGUAAAAUUAUCUGCUUAUCGAGCAUGGCCAAAUAUGCCUGAGAGUUGGUUUGCACUUUACAAGAUGCCGUUGCAAGAUCCAACAGAGGACCAAGUUUAUGCCGGUUUAUGGGGAGGAACUUUUGGUUGGCCUCCUGGAAAACCUUCCGAAGACAAGCCUGGAAAGGCUUUAUUCUUUCUUCUGCUCUCUUAUGAGGAGUCUCAUGGACAACAGCUUCUCAUUGCAACCAAAAUAUUGGAAGGCACACAUUAUGUGUUACAUCCAAAUGGUUCAGCAAUGUUUAUAGUGAAUAUCAACGAGCCUUCAUCUGAACCAUUUCCUUGGAACUCUGAUGCUGACUCCUAUCCGAUUAAUAUCAAGCAUUCUUUCACGGGUGAGGGUAUUGCAAAUGGUUAUGGAUUCAGAUACCCUGGAUCAAAGCCUGGUUCCCUCUUUGAAUUUCAAGACGGUGUCCUUGCCUUCAUUUGGAAGGACUCGAGGUCUGUUUUGACGUUGCAGAGACUUAACUUGCAACAGCUUUUGAAGAAGGGAGAAAGGGUGCCUUGUCUGCCUCCCAUCACAAAUUUUUCAUGCUUGACAAAAUCCUACUCAAAUGUGUUUACUGGAUUUCCUGAUGCUUACACAAGUUCAUCGUCACCAAGGUAGAAACACAACUAGUAUAUUAGUGGGUUGGGGACUACAUGCUUUUUAUGCGCCCCGGGCCGGUUUCCAAUACUCAACAAGACCUGUUAUUUGUCGAAUAACACACCUGCUAGUUGCUGCUGCUGUGUUUCAUGUUGCUGCAUUCCGAAGAUCAUAGAUGGUAGUCUUUGCCUUAUAAGUUCUAUGAAUUAGCUUCGCAUUGAAGUAUAUAGAUAUACUAUAUACCAGGAUGUUUAUACAGAUGGUUAAAACCAUAUAUUAAGGAUUCAAAUGAAAGUACAUUUCAUACAAAAUGAAGGCAUGGUAAAUGCCUUGUAUGACUACAUUGAUCAUAAUUUAUAAACUCAAUAGUUGUGGCCUCCGAAUUAAUACGGUUGCCAGAAAUUUACCUAGUUAUGGGAAGAAUAGUGAUCUCCAAAUUUAAUGAUCCAAUGAAUCAGUCUAUUUUUUCUUAAUUUCAUAAAAAUACUUGUUAUCAAUC